AGAGACUUUUAUUAUUAUUUUUUUCAUCUUUUAAAGUAAAUCGAAGUAAAGAAAGACUCUGUCCUUUCUUCCUCGGGCUAUAAAUGCCUCUCCGCCUCUCCUCCUCAUUCACUACACUUUCAUCACUGCCACACUACCACCCACGUACGAAAUCCACUCACCAUACUGUCACUAGCUAUGGAACUUGCCUCUUGGGCAACAUAUGCAGCCGUAUGGCUUGCAACCUUAGCUCUCUUCUCGCUCUCCAAAUAUCUUCGCCGCCGCCGCCAAGUACACUUGCCUCCAGGUCCAAAAUCAUGGCCCAUCAUCGGAAACCUCAACCUCAUAGGCUCACUCCCCCACCAAUCCAUCCAUGCACUCUCUAAAAAAUAUGGGCCCAUCAUGCAGCUCCGUUUCGGGUCAUUCCCCGUUGUUGUAGGUUCCUCCGUCGAGAUGGCUAAGGCCUUUCUCAAAACCUAUGAUGUCACCUUUGCAUCCCGACCCAAGACCGCCGCAGGCAAAUACACCACCUAUAACUACUCGGACAUCACAUGGUCCCCUUACGGCCCAUACUGGCGUCAGGCUCGUAAAAUGUGCCUGAUGGAGCUUUUCAGCGCGAGACGCCUCGAGUCCUAUGAGUACAUUCGCAAGGAGGAGAUGAGUGCCUUGCUAAGAGACUUGUACAAGUCCAACAACCAGCCGAUCACCUUGAAAGACCAUCUUUCUACCGUCAGUCUCAACGUUAUCAGUCGCAUGGUGUUGGGAAAGAAGUACACGGAUGAGUCCGAGAAUUCGAUUGUUUCCCCAGAAGAGUUCAAGAAGAUGUUGGACGAGUUGUUCUUGCUUAGUGGGGUGUUGAAUAUUGGGGAUUCUAUACCUUGGAUCGAUUUCAUGGAUUUGCAGGGGUAUAUUAAGAGAAUGAAAGCAUUGAGCAAGAAGUUUGAUAGAUUCUUGGAGCAUGUGUUGGACGAACAUAUUCAAAGGAAAAAAGAAGUGAAGGAUCAUGAAGCGAUGGACAUGGUGGAUCUUCUGUUGCAGAUUGCUGAGGAUCCUACGCUUGAUGUUAAGCUUGAGAGACAUGGUGUCAAGGCAUUUACCCAGGAUUUGAUAGCCGGUGGAACCGAGAGCUCGGCCGUGACUGUAGAAUGGGCAAUCUCGGAGCUCCUAAGAAAGCCAGAGAUUUUCAACAAGGCUGCAGAAGAGCUAGAUAGGGUAAUUGGUAGAGACAGAUGGGUUGAAGAGAAGGACAUUGUAAAUCUACCAUACAUUGAUGCAAUUGUCAAGGAGACAAUGCGGCUGCACCCUGUGGCUCCAAUGCUGGUGCCUCGCCUAGCCAGGGAAGACUGCAAGAUUGCUGGCUAUGACAUUCUCAAAGGGACCCGAGUGCUUGUCAACGUCUGGACCAUUGGGAGAGAUUCUACAUUGUGGGAGAACCCAGAUGAGUUUUGCCCUGAGAGGUUCAUUGGGAAGGCCAUCGAUGUGAAAGGUCAUGACUUUGAGCUACUGCCUUUUGGGUCAGGUAGAAGGAUGUGCCCCGGUUACAGUCUUGGCCUCAAGGUGAUACAAUCAAGUUUGGCUAACCUCUUGCAUGGAUUCACAUGGAAAUUGCCAGCAGAUAUGAAGACGGGGGAUCUGAACAUGGAGGAAAUUUUUGGGCUCUCAACUCCUAAGAAAAUCCCACUUGUCACUAUUGUGGACACUAGGCUUCCAAAACAUGUUUACCCUCUGUGAUUCUGCCCUACAGUCUACUUAAUUAACUAUUAUCAAGUCCCCUAAUAAGUAAUACGAGGAUUUUCUUAGUUUACUGUUGCUACUGUAAUGAUGCUAUUCUAUGUUAAAGAUGUUAUUGGUGUGAUCUAUA